AAAUAGUCUAACUUAAGAUGCUUAAGAAUGAAGGUAUCUGUGAUAAGCUCAGUAUGUCAUAUCUAUAGACAUUUAGUUGUGCAAUAGAUGGACAUUUUGAAUUCUUAAUUGAUAGAAUAAUUAUGAGACGUGAAUCGUAUCUGUGUGUGUUGAUCGCUUGUCUAGAGGCGAUAUCUGGUAAUGUGUUUACAGAAAGAGAAAUCAUAUUGCAUAGCAAUGUAAAAAUAAAAAUUGAUCCGGCGUUUUUGAUUGACGACCUGUCCUCAGAAGUUAACAUUCGAUGUUCAUUUAGUCGAGGGGAUGUUCCUUCCAUGACUGCUGUAGUCUCACUCAGCGUGGCCUACUCGAAUUCGACAUCCACAUCGUACGAGGACCUCGCUUUCGUCAAUGAAGUGGAGGGUCACCCAGUCAAUCUUUCUCGUGAAGUCCAGGUCAUUUCCGGUUCCGUCGACAACAAUGGCGAGUCCACGCUGCUGGUUCAAUUCAAAUACCCAAAUACAAAGAUGCUGGGAGCAUACCUGUGCUCGAUCAAGGGAUUGGAUGACAUUGGUAGACCGUUAUCCAUAUUUUCUACAGCCAACCUAACAUCUUACAGUUUAAAUACUGUAAUUGAUACGAUCUACGAGCUUGAAGCAAAUAGAAGCGCAUCUGAAGCUCUUGUUAGUUCUCUACAAGCGUGCGUUGACAAGCAGACAGGCUUAAUAGACUCCCUAAAUAAAAGGAUAUACCCAAUGUUGGCCUAUGGCUUUUCUGCUUCGUCGAUUUUCAACGGCCAUCGCUACUAUCUCUCUACGCAUGCGCAGUCAUUCAGUUUCGGGAGUGCUGAAUUUCUGUGCAACGGAUUUGGUGGUUACGUGGUUGAGAUAGACACCCACGAGGAGUUUGUAAUAGUUCGAAACUUUAUUUCUUCCUUCAAUAUUACAGAGGCGGUGUGGACAGGUGCCACAUACGAGGCCCCCAGUGGUGUAUGGGUUAAUAAACAUAGUUCCACGACACCGAACUUUGAGUGGGCUCCUGGUGAACCAGCCAACAAUACUUGCCAGUGCUUCCAUUCUAAAUUUAAAGCUUUGCUUGGAACCUGUGAGUGCGAUAACAUAACAAGUGCUUCUAGUUAUGUAUGCGAGAUACCGCAACAAACUUGUUAAGAAAUGUAGCAUUAAAAGAGUUAAUUUUUGUUUCUGUGUCAAAGUUACAUUAAAAGGAGAAAAUAUGU